AGAUUAUAAAAUAAAAUAUGAUCUGGAGUGUUAGUUUUUUUUACACCAUUUUUGUUUAUGGUGUUGUGUUGUCUUAUCAGUAGUGAUAAAAGUUGAAGGUUAGGUGAGAUUAGAAGUGAGAUAUACCAACUGGAGUCAAAUUUUUACCUCGAUACAAGGAUGAAUUUGAAAAAUAACAUAAUGUCUCUUAUGUUACCAGUAAGAUUAGUUUAAUUUGUGUUUUUCAUCAAUUUCUAUUAGUUACAUUCUAAGUUACAUAUAAAUACAGGAUACAUUUAGUUAAAAUUGAGAAGUUUUUACAAGAUAAUAGUGUUAAAUUGUUAUAUAAUUUCCAUUAUGCUACUACUGAGAAGGAAAGUAUUGAGCAUUUGUAAUAGUUGUGUAUGCAAAAGAAAUUAUCAUAACAGAACUGCUGUUUAUGGCUUUCGCCCAAAGGAUUCUGGCAGCUUUAAAUUAAGUUCAGAAAUAAUUAAAGCUAGAUGCAAAGAGAGUCAACUUUACCAAUUAAUUAGUGCAUAUAGAGAACAUGGCCAUAAGCGAGCAGAUAUCAAUCCAGUUGAUUUUACAAGAAAACCAAGGGAAGUGCCUGAACUGGAUCCUUCAAGAUAUGGGUUAACAAAUGAUAGAACUUACAGUUUUGAAGGACUUCUUUCCACUACACAAAGAAAAGGAAGUUUAUCUGAAGCUACUGAGUUUCUUAAUCAAGUCUACUGUGGAAGUAUUGGUGGCGAAUUUGAAUACUUGCAAGAAGAAGAAGAAAGAGUAUGGUUUGCAAAUCGUCUGGAAGAACUCAAGAAUGAACCGGUAAACAAAGACUUUGAAAAAAUGCUUGCAUUAGAAAUGUUGAAGUGUCAAGCGUUUGAUCAUUUCAUGGCAAAAAAAUUUGUAUCCUUGAAGCGAUAUGGUGCAGAAGGUGCAGAGUCCCUAGUUGCAUUUUUCCUCCAGUUUUUUAAAUCUUGUGUUCAAGGAAAAGUCACUGAACUCAUUAUUGGGAUGCCACACAGAGGGAGAUUGAAUCUACUGAUUAACCAUCUUCAUCUUCCACCUGAGCUACUUUUCAGAAAACUGUUAGGAAAGUCAGAGUUUCCAGACACAGCUAAAGCUUCUGGAGAUGUGAUAAGUCACUUGAUCUGUUCAACCGAGAUAAAUGUGGAUGGGAAACUGCUCCAGGUUACCUCACUACAUAACCCUUCACACCUAGAGGCAAUCAACCCUGUAUCCAUGGGCAAAACAAGAUGUAGACAUUUAGAGCUGGGUGAGGGAGAGUAUGGCAUCAGCAGUUGGUCUGACAAGGUUGUUAAUCUGCAGGUACAUGGAGAUGGUGCAAUAGCCGGUCAGGGUAUCAACCAAGAGACACUACUGAUGAGUCGACUUCCUCAUUUUGAGGUGGGUGGGAGUGUCCAUCUGAUAGUCAACAAUCAGGUGGCUUUCACCACCCCAUCAGAACGGAGCCGAGGCACUCCAUACUGCUCUGACAUCGCAAAACUCAUAGCUGCUCCUGUUGUUCAUGUUAAUGGCGAUGUUCUUGAGGAUGUGAUUAGAGCAACUCAGCUGGUGACGGAGUACCAGAGGAAGUUCAGAAAGGAUGUGUUUCUGGACCUAAAUUGUUAUCGCCAGAGGGGACACAACGAACUAGAUGACCCAACAUUCACAAACCCCAGACUGUAUGAAGUGAUACGCAAACGAAGUACAAUACCAGACAAAACCGCAGCUCGGCUCAAGGAGGCAGGAGUGUUGAGUAAUCAGGAAGUGGAGGAGGCGCUGGCUAGCUACACUGAGUGGCUCAAUCAGUGUUUACAGAAAGCAGAUUCCUAUACACCUGAGGAGAGCUAUUUUGGUGUUCACUGGAGGGGGUUCAGCCAGGCACCUGCAGCUAUCACAACUUGGGAUACAGGUUGUGACACGAACCUGCUCAGGUACAUUGCCAUCAAGUCUGUCAGCUACCCUGAGCAUUUUAUAAUUCACCCAACGCUUCUGAAAAACCAUGUUAAAGGAAGAUUGAAGAGGAUUAAUGAAGGCCUGGACAUUGACUGGAGUACAGCUGAAGCAAUGGCAUGGGGAAGUCUCAUUUAUGAAGGUUACAAUGUCAGAAUUAGUGGACAAGAUGUUGGGCGAGGCACAUUUUCUCACAGACACGUGAUGCUGGUUGACCAGGAGACCAAUGACAUGCACAUUCCUCUCAACAACCUAGCAGAAGGCCAAGCCACAUUCCUGGAGAUUGCUAACAGCCACUUGUCCGAGGAAGCGGUGCUGGGGUUCGAGUAUGGAAUGAGUAUCGAGAGCCCCAAACAUCUCAUCAUCUGGGAGGCGCAGUUUGGGGACUUCUUCAAUGGUGCUCAGAUCCAUAUUGAUACGUUUGUGUCUUCGGGCGAGACGAAGUGGAUGAGAUGCAGUGGUCUGGUGAUGAUGCUGCCACACGGUUAUGAUGGCGCAGGUCCAGAGCAUAGCUCAUGUCGACUGGAACGUUUUCUCCAGCUGUCAGACUCCAGUGAGACCGAGGUGGAUGGGGAAGAUGUCAACUGGCACAUUGUUAACCCCACCACACCAGCUCAGUAUUUCCAUCUUCUGAGGAGACAGAUGGUGCGUAACUACCGAAAACCAUUGAUUCUUGUGUCACCAAAAAUUCUGAUUCGAGAUCCAGAAGCGACUUCUGCUCUUAGUCUUUUUGCACCUGGAAGUAGAUUUCAGCCUGUCAUUGGUGAUGCUAGUAUCAGAGCCCCUGAUAAAGUAAACAAAGUGCUGUUUGUGUGUGGGAAACAUUACUACGCUCUGAGAAGACAGAGAGAAGAGCUGGGUUUGCAAGAUGUUGCUAUCAUUCGUGUGGAGGAGCUCUGCCCAUUCCCCACCUACUACCUACAACAAGAGGCUGACAAAUUUACUAAUGCCAAACAUUUCAUUUGGUGUCAAGAAGAGCAUCAGAAUAUGGGAGCUUGGACCUUCUGUAAAACACGGUUUGAAAAUCUUCUUGGCAGAAAGUUGAAGUACUGUGGCAGAGGUCCUCUAGCAACGCCUGCUGUGGGUAUCAGCAACGUUCAUAAGAAAGAAGUGGAACACGUCAUCAAACACCCAUUUCAGAUGGAUUGAGGAUUAUAUUUUUGUUAAUUCAUGUAGAUUUAGGGUAUAGAGUUUAUCAAAUUCAGUAUAUACUUUACUUGAUUUAAUCGUAAAAUAAAAUAAAAUAAUUUUAUCUUGUG